AUGCAAGAGAGCUUCAGAUAUACACUACUUCUACUACUUGAAGAAGCAUUUACUAAUAAUAAGUUAUUCUUGAUCCAGUACAUCUCUAAUCUCUAUAAGUACUGCCCAACUCUUUUUACAGACUUACUCCAACUGAAUAUUAAUCUGCAUGAAGAUGAAUUUGAGGUAUCAGAUACUGAAGACAAAGAUAUUACUGAUGAGUAUUCUUCAAAUCUCUGGAUACAACAAUCUACAGAAAAAAUGGUGCCAGUGCUAGAUAUUCCAAAUGUACAGCUAUCUGUAUUACUGAAUCUUCACUCAUUUUUGCAGAAACUUCAAAAUGUAGAUCUAGAGGGCAGCAACUACACUAUUAUUGAACUUCCCACAAUUAAAAAGCUGAGUCUUUAUGUUAUACCAAUUAGUGAGGUGUUAGAUGCCAGCAGCAAUCUGGUUUUCAGUAGUCAGGAUUCCAGAACCUUUCUACUAUACAUCUGGGAUGUUUCAUUUCUCUGA